AUGACUCAAGAAAAAAGAAAAGAAAACUCUGAUAACCAAGAAGAUCGGAAAAUAAAAAGAAAAAAACAAGUUUUAAAUGCACAAAAAGCUUAUAAACGAAGAAAAGAAGAAUAUACGGAAAAAAUGGAAGAAUUAAAUAAAAAAUAUGAAGAAAAAAUCAAAGAGCUGGAAGAAAUAAAAGAACAAAUACCAAAAUUUAAAAACCUGGAAGAACGAAUAAUAAAAUUAGAAGAAAAAAUCGACGAAAAAACAAUUAUAAGAAAAGAAAAAACAUAUACUCAGAAAGAAGUAGAUAAAAUGAUAAACCAAUGCAUGAAGAAAAAAGAAUUAGGAACAAUAUUUGAUUAUUGGCGGAAGAAAGCCACCGAACAGAAAAAAGAGAAAGAAAGAAAGGAACAGGAAGAACUUAAUGAACUUUUUAAAAUAUUCGAAGGAAAUAAUCAAUGGAGGGAUGCUUUGAUAACAUAUAACGAAAUACCAGAUGAAGAAAGGAUCUACGAAAUGCAGGAUUAUGAAAUUCAAGAUAAAGAAUUCCUUUGA